AGCUCCGGCAGGAAACACCACCCCGCCGAUCCCCGCGGAACGGGCUCGGUGCCGGCGGUGGAUGCCGUGUGUCCGGCCCCCAACCCGCCCGAUUCGUCCCCCCGCCCCUUUCCUCUCCCCUCCCGGGUGCGGGUGGUAGGUGCCGGAUGUACCGGGCGCCGCCGCCACCGCCGCCCGUAUAAGGGCCGCCGCCGGGCGGUCCCCAUAGGUGUUGGUUCGAUUGGAUCUGCGUCCGUCCCGCUCCGUCCUGUCGGGAGCAUGUACCAGAGCCCCGCACGCUGCCUCUGCUCGGCGCUGCCCGCCCUCUGCUGCGCCCCCGCCGCCGCCCCCCGCCUGCCCCGGCCCCUCGGCCUCUCCGCACCGCGGGCAGCACCGGUACCGGUACCGGCGGUGGGCCGCCCGCCCGCCCCGGGGGCGCCGCCCCGCACAGUGUGUUCCAUGGGAAACAGCACCAGCCGGCUUUACAGCACGCUCGCCAAGACGCUGAGCAGCGGUGCUGUGUCCCAGCACCAGGACUGCCUGGAGCAGCAGGACUCUGCACGGCUGGAUCCCAUAGAUCCCAAGGAUUUGCUGGAGGAAUGUCAGAUGGUUCUGCAGAAACGGCCACCCCGGUUUCAGAGGGACUUUGUGGACCUGAAGAAAAACACUGCCAGUAACCACCGCCCCAUUCGGGUCAUGCAGUGGAACAUCCUUGCCCAAGCUCUUGGAGAAGGCAAAGACAACUUUGUGCAGUGCCCCAUGGAAGCUCUGAAGUGGGAGGAGAGGAAGUGCCUCAUCCUAGAGGAAAUCCUGGCCUACAAGCCUGACAUUUUAUGCCUGCAAGAAGUCGACCACUACUUCGAUACCUUUGAGCCACUCCUCAGCAGACUUGGCUACCAGGGGACUUUCUUCCCAAAGCCGUGGUCGCCUUGCCUGGAUGUGGAGAGGAACAACGGGCCUGAUGGCUGCGCCUUGUUCUUCCUCAGAGCGCGCUUCGAGCUCAUCAACAGUGCCAACAUCCGCCUGACUGCCAGGAAGCUGAAAACCAACCAAGUGGCCAUCGCUCAGACACUGAAGUGCAACGAAACCGGGAGACUUUUCUGCAUUGCUGUCACCCACCUCAAAGCCCGCACCGGCUGGGAGAGUUUUCGCUCCGCUCAGGGCUGCGAUCUUCUCCAGAACCUCAAGAGUAUCACCCAGGGGGCGAAGAUCCCGCUGAUCGUCUGUGGGGAUUUCAAUGCAGAGCCAACCGAGGAAGUCUACAGGGAAUUUUCCAACUCCAGCCUCAACUUAAACAGCGCCUACAAGCUGCUGAGCCCCGAUGGGCAGUCAGAGCCCCCGUACACCACGUGGAAGAUCCGGCCCUCCGGAGAGUGCCGGCACACGCUGGAUUAUAUCUGGUAUUCCCAGCAUGCCUUGAACGUGAACUCAGCCCUGGGCUUGCUGACUGAAGAGCAAAUAGGGCCCAACAGGCUGCCAUCCUUCAAUUACCCUUCUGAUCACCUAUCUCUGGUGUGUGACUUCAGUUUUAACCAAGACCCUGACAGACUGCUGUAAUGUGUUGGGAUGCCAGUUGGUAUUGCAGUGUCUUAACUCACCACUGGUUUUGUUUUAGAGAAAAGUUUUGAGGCUGGAAGCUACUGAAGGAUGAGGAAAUACUGUUGACUAAACCUUAUGUUGGGCACUUGUUUGGAGUUAACACUUGGUAAUCUGGGGCCUCCAAGGGAGGAAGAAAGGAACCAGUGUUCUCUUCAUCAUGUUCUUGCCAUGUGAGGUUUUGAAUACUGGAAGGCAAAUUAGCUUUAUCCUUUCACUAACCCCUGUGUUCAAGGUUUUAAUCCUCUAAUGAAUAUGGAGGCCUUAGUAUUUAAACCAAAACACUUGUGUUUUUAAAACAACUUGCCCUGACAGCUUGCUAAUUUUAUUUAUUUCAUGUUAAGCAUAUGCAAGUACCAAAGGGAACAAGGCUCAACUACUCAGUGAGAUUCUCUUAAAUCUUUGACUGUUACAAUACAAAGCAAGUUUAAUGCAGUUUAGAAAUGAACAAAUCUAAGCUCAUGCUACAUUUUUACAUGACUUGAGACAAACGAUUUCACUAAAAGUGAAUGGACAAUAGCACAGUGCAAGGAAAGCCCCCUGCAAUAAGAGCAGGUGAGGAAAUAGAGCCUUGCUGUCCUCCAUCACACAGGAAUCCAAAUCCCUUUUCCAGAUGAAUGCAUGUGUCCACUACCCACAGACAACAUGUGAGUUAUGUACACACUGCUCCCUGUGUCUCUCCUGUGCUUUCCACCAGAGCACACACCUAACCAGGGAGUAUUUCCUCCUCUGCUUCAAGUAUUAAAUUUUAUAAAUGGUUUCAAUUUGUAGUCUUGUCAAUCUUGCUGUUUCAGUGAAGGGCCAAUCUCAUGUUGAAAGACUGUUAUUUUAUUUAUCUUCAGAACCUAAAGCUACACUGGAACCUGCUAGAAGAUAAAAUUUAUUUAUUGAGAGAAUUUGGUGAUCCUGCAUCUGACUUGAAAUCAUACAGCAGUAGUGUUCAGGAGCCUCUUUGUCUGUCCCAGGGGCACUCUAGCUGAGCACCUGGGCUACAACAGAGCUGUGUUAGUUUAGGAACUCUUGUAGAUGGAGUGGUGCUCAUUGGUAUGGCUUUGGUAUUGCAUAUAUGGAUUGUAGGCAUGGCACUAGGCAGGAAAAUGAGGUAGGGAGACAGGAGGGAAGAAAGACAUCAGUGGGGCUGACAUUUAGAUAGUUGGGAAAGGCAGAGUAAAUCAGUACUUCCAUGUAAAUUAAGGCUUGUAGUAACUCUUAUGUUCGAGGUGUUUAUUAAUAAAAGUCUUUGGAAAAAAAAAAAAA